CUUCUAACAUUCCCUCAACCAACCAUUCUCUCUCUCUCUCUCUCUCUCUCUCUAGCCAUGGCUGCCAUGGAAAAGAAAGAAGAGAUUCAUGUACUAAUGGUAGCAUUUUCAUCACAAGGCCACAUCAACCCCAUGCUCAGACUAGCCAAACGCCUACACUCCAAAGGCCUCCACGUCACCCUCGCCACCACCGAAAUCGCCCGCCACCGCAUGCUCACCUCCUCCUCCGCCACCACCACCGCCGUCGCCGCCAACUCCAUCGACGGUAUCAGCCUCGCCUUCUUCUCCGAUGGCCUCAGCCUCGACUACGACCGCAAAACCAAUCUCGACCACUACAUGGACUCCCUUGGCCGAGCCGGCCCCGCUAACCUCUCCUCCAUAAUCCUCCACCACCACUCUCACGGCGGCCGGAAAUUCUCGUGCAUCGUCACCAACCCCUUCAUUCCUUGGGCUGCUGACGUGGCGGCGGAGCAUGGAAUCCCAUGUGCUUUGCUUUGGAUUCAGCCAUGUUCUCUCUACUCUAUAUAUUACCGGUUUUAUAAUCAUUUAAAUCAAUUUCCAUCGUCCGCGAACCCUAAUAUGAGUGUUGAAUUACCAGGACUUCCAUUGUUGAACACAGAGGAUCUUCCUUCUUUUGUUCUUCCAUCGAAUCCUUUUGGUAGUUUUCCAAAAUUGUUUUGUGGGUUGUUUCAAAACAUGAAGAAGAUGAAAUGGGUUUUGGCUAAUUCAUUCCAUGAACUCGAAAGCCAAGCUAUCGAUUCGAUGUUUGAUAUCCACCCGGUUCUACCCAUUGGCCCGUUAGUACCGCCAUCGAUUUUAGGAGAAGAUCAAGCAGUCGACGCUGGUGUUGAAAUGUGGAAAUCCGAAGACAAUUGCAUCGAAUGGCUUGAUCAACAACAACCAAAUUCAGUUAUCUACGUGUCGUUUGGAAGUGUAGUAAUUUUAUCGCCACUGCAAAUGGAGAGUAUCGCAACAGGAUUGAAAAACUGUAACCGUCCGUUUCUCUGGGUGGUGAAAAAAUCCGACUACACGGCAAAGGAGGGAGAAGGACAGCUGCCGUUAGGGUUUUUGGAGGAAACGAAAGGCCGAGGACUAGUGGUUCAAUGGAGUCCUCAAAUAAAAGUGCUGAUGAACCCUGCUGUUGGGUGUUUUUUGACCCAUUGUGGUUGGAAUUCGAUGUUGGAGACGAUCGCCGCCGGAGUGCCGGUGAUUGCUUAUCCACAGUGGACGGACCAGCCGACGAAUGCGAAGCUCAUGGCGGAGGUUUUAAGGGUGGGGGUGAGGUUGAGGCCGAACCAGGACGGUGUGGUGACUAAUGAGGAGGUGGAGAGGCGCAUUGAAGAUGUUAUGUGUGGGCCGGAGGCAGAGGAGUUUAGGGAAAAAGCGGCGGAGUUGAAGGUGGCGGCGAGAGUAGCGGUGGCGGACGGUGGUUCAUCGGAUCGGAAUAUUCAGCUGUUUGUGGAUGAGAUAAUUGGGGAUUCUAGUACGUGAAGUUCAUAACCAAUAUCCAAAGCUCCUUUGAUCAGAAUCUCUGUAUUUUAGGGUUGUUCAUUUUGAAUUUUUUUAUUUUCGGAUUAUAAUUAUUUUAUUUUAAUAUCAUAUAUAAAUAAAUAAAAAUAUUAUAUAAAUAAAAAUAUCAUAUAUAAUUGUAAUUACUUUAUUGUACUAAUAUGAUAUAUGAAUAAAAAAAUAGUAGCUUGGCCCUAUUUGGAAAGUUA